UAAUUAAAUCAGCAAUUAACAAGUUUUAAUUCUAUAAUAUUAUAAUCGCAGCUCUCGAUUGAUACAAUGUUGAAAAUUAUAAUUUUCUUUUCCAGUGUGGUAGCACUUGGUACUGGUCUAAAGUGCUUUGAAGAUAUGUGUGAGGGUGACGAUUGCGAUAAUUCCAAUAUGCGCUUUUGGAAUAAUAUUACUGAAUGCAGCCAUGAAUUCAAUUAUGAUGCACCUGGAUGGUGCACAACAAUAGUAUUAAAAGAUUAUCAUGGACUAAACAGAGUUAUGAGGUCGUGUGCAAGAUUCUAUGGUGCAAACUGCCCCUAUGGUGCAAAAUGUGAUUACUGCAAUCUGGAUUUAUGUAAUUCAGCACCACCCACAAAUAUGAACAUUGUUGUUGUUAUCUCCACUAUUUUUUUAGUUCUGUUAUCAUUGUGUAAAUUUUAAACAAAGAAAUUUAUUAUAAUAUUUCAAAGAUAUUCUAAAAUACAGAAAUACUCAGUCUUGUUUUUUAA